AUGCCGCAUAAGCUGAGCGCAUACAAGUUUUGCGACUCGAUCGCUGACUCCGCCACCACCAUUGGAGCGAUCAACACGCUGGCUGUCCGUCAUGGACCGUCAAACGAUGGAGCGAGCAGGCGAAGUGUCCAUGGCGACAAUACGGACUGGUACGGAUUGUACAGCCUGGUAACGGAGUAUCUGAGGCAGAAUCAGCUCGACGCCCCGGUUGGUCUUGUCAUUGGAGCGGGAGGCGCUGCGCGAGCAGGCGUCUAUGCGCUGAUCCGGGCUGGAGUCAAACACAUCUAUCUCGCCAAUCGCACACUGGCAACAGCGCAUAAGGUCGCACAGGACUUUGAGUACCUGAGCAAGGUCAUCCCCGUCGGAUUCCCUACUCGACUUCCCGAGGCUCCCAACCUCAUCAUUGGGACAACUCCGGGACAGGCUUACCCGACUGAAGCCUUCGUUGAUUUGUUUCAGAAAGAAUGCGGCUUAUGCAUUGAGAUGGCAUACAAGCCUCGCGUUACCCAUCUCUUGGCCGCCGCUAUGAAGCACACCAGUUGGGUCAAAGCUGAUGGAUUGGAGGUCCUCCUCAGGCAAGCAUUUGAACAGUUUCGUCUCUGGACAGGGCUGGAACCACCGGAAGCCGUCAUGCGGAAAGCAGUUGCCGACGAGAUUAGGAAAAGGGAGCAUACUCUGUAA